UAUCCCUUGGUUAAGACGUGCGACAAGUGAGACUGCUGCAGGCUGUACGAGCUGACCUCCGCAGCGACCGGAGAAGCGUCUGUAGGGCUCGAGCACGGCAGCGUGGCCGAUCUCUGGCGUACCAACGAUGCGCUCCAGCUUUCAGGGUUGUGCUGGCUACGGUCGCCUACCUGCAGUUCUCCAUGAGUGAACGGUCUGUCAGCACGGUUCGCAGCUGGGCAUCGACACUUUCGCACCCACACCGACUGUGCUGUCUGAACAAAGUUAGCUCCUGUUGCGGAAGCGCUGUAACCGCAAACAAGAGGUGGCUGCACGCUCCCAACUGCUUCUGGUAUCAACGCCGCACACCGUCGCUGAUGGAGAGCUGCACAUCGCAAUCGUCCGCGAUGGGCGAGAUGCACCACAUGGCCAGAUAUUGCGGCAAUUCUCACGAUCACGAUCGCAAAUCAUCCCGUCUUCGAUGCGCGCCGAGGUGCGAGGAUUGAUGGAUGGCGCGCCCGCUGCGAAUGAAUGUCACAGAUGAAAGCCACAGCAGGACUUGCAAGAUCCGCAAGGUGAACUACUUUCUGCCACGGCCAGCUCAUUGGCGCCGUGCCCGUCCGUCAAGACACGGUCAGCGUCAAAGGUGGGCUGCGUUGAUCACACUGGCAGCAGUGAAGCUCCUGCCGAAGCAAGACGGCGUAGGCAGCCCGAGUAUUGGUUGGUGGUGGAGGCGGGGUGGGGUGUGCAGGUGUGCCAUGCCAUCCCACAGCGUUUCUUUUCAGACUUCGUGUGCAGUAGCGUGCAGCAGACGGGCAGACGCUCGUUCUUCGCCGGGGAGCGGAGCGUUUGCAGCGUGCAGACGCAGGACGGGCUGUUGGGCUGAGCAUGGCGGCUGUCAAGGCAGCAUCGCUCGUAGACACAUGCACAUCCCCUCGACUCGAGAAGUGUCCCAGGAAACGAGCCCACGCGCCCACGCGAAAAGGAGGCCGGCGCGCAAUGUACGCACGACGACGGGCGCCUGCGACGGCGAACGGCUGCCGGGCGAGAUAGGAAUCGCUAGCCAAGCGUGCUGCGCGCUUGAGAUGCAUGUCCCGCAGUGGAUGGAGGCUGCGCCAGGCUCCUUCUCGGACGUCAUCUGCAGAGUGGCCGCCUGUCCGGCAGUGCUCUGGCAAACGGCCACAGUUGCAACCGGGCAGCGGAGAGGGCCACGGCGGAGCGUCCGAGGCAAGGCUGGCGGACCCUGGACUUUGUUGCGCGGAGACGGUGGUGAGAGAGCGGGAAGCAAGCCUAAUUGCGUGCAUUCUACGUGGGCCCGUGAGCUAAGCCGAAAUUUAAGAGCGAGCUGCGAUAUUUAGUUCGCGGACCCCCUGGGACGGAGGAAAUUGAGGCUUUCACACGCGGCGUUCUCCACACCUCCCUUACCCUCGAGUCCUGCACUCUCUCGCCGCUUUCACUGUGGGUGAAUAGCUGGGCUGUCGCUCCUUCGUGCUUGUUGUACGCCGUGCGAGUUGGACCUUUCACUCUCCCCUGCCCUAGUAAGCCUCCCACCCGACGGCUUGCGGCGCGACCCAGACUCUGGGGAAAAUCUCUGCGACCCUGAUCCCGCUUCCGCACA